UGGCGGCUGCCGGAGAAGGGGGUGCCGCGCGGCAGGCGGAGCGCCCCGUAUCCCGCCGAAACUUGGCGAAGUUUGUCCGGCGGCGCGAAGCAGGAGGCCCGCGGCGCCCGGCGGCCGCUUGCGAACGGCGCCCGGCGAGUAUGUGCGAGGAGCGGGCUGCUCGCCGCGCCCCCCCGGGCGGAGCGGGGCGGCUGUGAGCGGGGCGGCCCGCGCCCCCUGGGGCCCGAGCCGCAGCGCCCGAGCCGCCGCGGACCCCGUCCCGCCCGUCUCCGCAACGCGCCGCGGCGGGCUGCCCUCCGAGCUCCGCGGGCGGCGAUGGCACCGGGCGGGCUCUGACCGCCGCCCCGUCCAGGACUUGCAGCCGCACCGGAGACUGCCGAGCAGCCUUGCGUCCGCAGCGAAGCGAGGACCCUCACGCCCCGCGCCGCUCGCCUGCCGCCGGAUCCUGCCCUCGCCGUCGAGACUUCCCUGCGGUCCCGUCUGGACUCCGGCCGCUGUCGCCUGCGGGGUGUUCCGAGGAAGAGCCCUGGACCGGAGAUCGGCAGCGUGGAGAGAGGCUCCGAGGCCCAGGCGGGGAACGGAGGCCGUCCCGCUCGAGCCGUCCGCCGCGGCGCCCUGACGGGGAGGCGCCGCCGUUCGGCAGCGCCCCGCGCCCGGAGCGGGGCCACCGGGUGCCGCCGGCCCGCACCCGCGGGAGUCGCUGCCGCCGCGCCUGGGCACCCGCCGAGAUUGAUUUUGGAGGAGCGGACCGCGGCGGGGGCGAGGAGGAGGAGGCGGGAGACAAUCCCGGAGGAGGCGGCCGCCAGUGCGGGGCGGGCGGCGGCUCGCCGGAGCGGCAGGGGGACACCAUGUCCAAGCCGGUGGAUCACGUCAAGAGGCCGAUGAACGCCUUCAUGGUGUGGUCGCGGGCGCAGCGACGGAAGAUGGCCCAGGAGAACCCCAAGAUGCACAACUCGGAGAUCAGCAAGCGCCUGGGCGCCGAGUGGAAGCUGCUCACCGAGUCGGAGAAGCGGCCCUUCAUCGACGAGGCCAAGCGGCUGCGGGCCAUGCACAUGAAGGAGCACCCCGACUACAAGUACCGGCCGCGGCGGAAGCCCAAGACGCUGCUCAAGAAGGACAAGUUCGCCUUCCCCGUGCCCUACGGGCUGGGCGGCGUGGCGGACCACGAGCACCCGCACGGGCUGAAGGCGGGCGGGCUGCAUGCUGGCGCGGCCGGCGGGCUGGUGCCCGAGUCGCUCCUGGCCAACCCCGAGAAGGCGGCGGCCGCCGCCGCCGCUGCCGCCGCCCGUGUCUUCUUCCCCCAGUCGGCCGCCGCCGCUGCCGCCGCCGCCGCCGCGGCCGCCGCCAGCAGCCCCUACUCCCUGCUGGACCUGGGCUCCAAAAUGGCCGAGAUCUCAUCCUCCUCCUCUUCCUCGGGCUCCGGGUUGCCCUACGCCUCCUCGUUGGGCUACCCCGGCGCCGGCGGGGCGGGCGCCUUCCACGGGGCCGCCGCUGCUGCCGCCGCCGCCGCCGCGGCCGCCGGGGGGCACACGCACUCGCACCCGUCGCCCGGUAACCCGGGCUACAUGAUCCCCUGCAAUUGCAGCGCCUGGCCCGGCCCGGGGCUGCAGCCGCCGCUGGCCUACAUCCUCCUGCCGGGCAUGGGCAAGCCCCAGCUGGACCCUUAUCCCGCAGCCUACGCCGCGGCCCUAUGACCCGCGGCCGGAGGAUGCCCGCGCAGAGCUCCGGUGCCCGCCUGGAUGGCUGCCGGCGCAUACGUGCGGACGGGGAGCGGGGCGAGCCGCCGCCGGGGCCGCGGAGGGUGACCGGGGCCGGCGAUGGUGGGGCGCCGGGGCGGUGGCCAACCUGUUGCGCGUCCCCCGCCCGCUGCCCCGGGUAGAGCUUGUGUGUGUUGCAUGCGGUCUGUGCAGAUAGCCCAGCUGAAACAGAAGAGAAAAAAAAGAGGAAAGAAAAAAAGAAAAAAAAGAAAAAAAACCUAUCCGUCCUGCCCCCUAAAGUGUGUGUUCGGGACAGACACGGAGGGGUCCGCCGGCUCCGGCUCUCCCCUCCCUGGCUUCUCGCGCCCCGCGAGGUGCUCCCUCAGAACAGUCCCGCUGUAGCACCCCCGGCACCGAGAGAAGAGAAUGGGUGGCUGGGGGGUACUGAGACCCCGGCUCGGCACGGCAGGGCCAGGUGCGGCCCCGGGAAAGGACAGGGUGGCCCUGUCCUUGGUUUGUAGCCAAUCGUGGGAUCCACGCAAAGAAGGAUGUCGGCAGUAUGGGAUGCUGCCCGUCCCACUCCGCACCCUGUCCCGCGUGGGUUUCUGCCCUCCGCUGCUACGGGAUACUGAGAAUAGCGGGUCAUGGUUUCCAUAGGAUCAGACGCGUGACUCGGACCCCGUGUGUCGCCCCCCCUCCCCUCCACUAAUUAAGUCUCACUCUCAGACUGUAAAUUUGUAUAUCUCUGUGGAAAUGUUAGGUCUCAGAUGGAAAACUGUUAGUUACUUCGCCCACGGUCGAUUCAGUUUUAACCUGAAAAAAAAAAACAAAAAAAGGAAUGCCUUUCAAAGGGAAUAAAAAUAUUGCGAGACUGCUCAAGGAUCGCAAUAUUGUCUAAGGUUAAAUCAGACUUUUUUGUCUGAGUGAUAAUUAUCUAUUUAUUAUUUAGCUGAACUGAAACAGAGCUUUGCUUUGACAGAAGAGUAUUCUCAUUUAAAAGAAAGCCCUCUCCCCCACCAACAUGAAGUGUUUCAUAUGUGUUUUGGAGUACUCUACCUGUUUAGCUUAUUUUAGAGCGACUGCAAUUCAAUUGCAAAUGGCGUUUAAAAAAAGAAAAAGUUUAGAGAAAAAAAAUCUUUCAUCGGUUUAGAGUUCUUUUUUUGGUUUACUUUUGUAAUGUGUAUAUUUUGACUAAUGUUUGUGAAUGAAGCUGGCUAACAUGUAUUUAGUUUCAUUUUGGCUUUAUGUAAUAUAAAGUGAAAAAAAAGAUUAAGUAAUGGUUUUAACAUUUACGUGUAAAUGGUUUACUUGUGUGAUCUUCUAAUUUAAAGUUAGACGUCUAAACUAUAUCUGUAAAUUAGAUUCUGACUACCACUCUGUUCAUUUUUGAACAAAGAGUUUAAAUAAAGCCUGAAGCAGGGAAAAGAGAAAAUCCUCUAUUUCUUGUUGAAUUGCUAACAAGAUUUUUAUCUGAAUUGCCCUUACGUGCCUGGUCCAGGUUGAGGUGUAAGGUAUCCUCUAAAGGCUGUCUUUGUUUCACUUUUGAAUAGAUUUACUAGGAAAUCUAAAUCAAGCCAUUGUUAUUCAGAGCCAAAAACCUGAUUUAUCGCAUUUUUAAUCGUGAAUAGGAAAGAAGAUAAAAAAAACCCUAAGUUGUUGUAUUAUCUUAAAAAAAAAAAAAAAAAAAAAAAGCAUUCAUGGACCUGCAGAACAGAGUUCACUGAAUACACUGAGAGCGUUCACAGCAUUUCAUCGGUUUCCAGUAACGUUUUCAGAGUGGAAAGUUGCCUGACCACUUUAUCUGGUUAGCCUAAGAGCUUCGCCAUUUAAACCCGUGUAAUUUGUUCACCUAUCUGAGCAAUAAUACUGCUUUAUACCUGGAGUAUUUCUGGCGGGCCUUCCCAGUUGAUUGCUAACUAGAACUUAACACCCUUCUUUGCCUCUAAACGGCUUUUCCCAUUUGAGUGCCUGAAAAUUGUUAUUUGCAAAGGUCAGCAAGGACAUUUGCAUGCUGCAGGAAAUCAGGAGCAGGAUGAAACAGUCCAUCCUUUCAACAAGGGAAUUGCGAACAUCUCACAACGAGAGGCAAUAAAACUGAGCCAGUCCCCUCACUGAGAUGGAAACCCCCGGCUCAGUUUUUUAUGUGUGUGUGCAUGUAUAUGCAGUAUGUGUACUUAUGAAGUGCAUAUAUUUCAAUUUUUUUCCCUAAAGUGGUUGAUUGCACUCUUAAUUGUGGCAAUAACAAUAGCUCCUGAGUAAAUGUCUUCCAAAUCA